CUUGUUUUCUCACUGCGCUGCAUCUCUGGGUAGCCCUUUGGGCUCGAGGGAUGCUGCCGGCCCGGGGCCCCGGGGUCGCCCCGGGUCUCGGCCCUGCGGCGAUGCCCCCCAGCGGCGCGCCCCAUGCGGUUCAGCAGGGAGAGCGGGGAGAGCAGGGGGCUCGCGAGCAGGGGCAGCGGGGGGCGAUACGCUGGCCUGGGCACCGAGGACUCCAGCUCUGACUCCGACUCGUCUGGGUGCAAGAGGCAGGAGGCGCCUCGGCUGAGGAGGGCGGAGAAGAGAGCGAUCGAGGAAGGCGAUCGGGGAGAUCGGUUCAACGAGCUUCUGGAGGUGACGUGUGAUGGUCUGUCAUGGCCGCGUCAAUGCAGGGAGCAUGUGCUGGAGGAGGUGGCAUUGAAGGGCCAUUUAGUGCCAUGGUUAGAAACCUUCGAGAUGCCGCUGUUCAUGUACGUAGACUUCGCCAGAACCUACUUUUCCAUGGCCUGGGAGCGCUUCAACAGCAACGACGAGACUGAGGCGAAGGCUGAGUUCUGCAGAGUUGAUCGGGGCUUCCUACGGACCCCAACGCCAUCCGCGCGCCUGCUAUCGAACUAUUUGAUCGUCCCCACGGUGAAGGCGCAUGAAUGGUUGAAGACUUCGGAAAAACAGAUGGUCGUGUUCAAAGGGAGCAAGGAUGACACCUUGAAAUCGAUCGAAUAUGGCUUCCGAGGAUUUCCUGAAUGGUUCGGUGCUCUGUACCUAACCCCGCGGGUGGACUGGAAAGGCGAGGACAUGGUCUACCAUCCCAAAGAUGGCUAUGGUAGAUUGACCGUGAAACGCAGCAGAGCGUUCGGAACCUCUGGGGAACUCAAGGAACUCAAUUUGCCGGCUACGUCGCUGUUCGACUUCCCUGAGGCGAAGAUCAUAGAGCACCAGAUUUCGCACGGCAUAGCCCCAGAGUCCACGAAGAAGUUCGCCUACGUGUACCCGCACGAGGGGUUCCCUGCGGGGGGGUUCCUGUAUUUGGGCCUCGCAGACAAGUGCCUGGCAGUGAGCCAGGUCACAACGAAUGUCAGCUCGCAUGCGCUCCGAAUGGGACAGAGGACCUGGGACGACAUGGACCUGGCGCAUCAGUGCAACGCGGACCUGAAGCCCCAGGCAACAACGUUGGAUGCCCUUCGGCAGAAAGGAGCGCGGCAGUUCUGCUACUUCGGGCCCGGGCGGUUCGCCGACGAGGGCCUUGGAGGGUUCGCCUACUGGUUCGAGGACGCGAGCAUGAACUCGUACUUCCCGGUCCACAGCUUCGCCCACGUGCGCCAGCAUGCCCCGUCCGCCGCGGUCGGGAACGCCGCGCUCUUCCCAAAAGACCCCGACAGCCACGAUGUGGGCGAGGCCCUCAUGAAGCAGAACGGGUUUCCCUUCUUUAACAGCCCGGUCAGGGACGGCUGCGUGACAAUGAAGGUGUGCAGGCUGAUGCAGAAAGGCCUUACGCACCCUGUCGUCUUGAGGAGCCUGGUGCUCAUGCCCAAGACCAACGACGACGUCCUGGAGUCGCAUCACGUUCAGGCCAUCGUGACGGCAGCCUUUCAGACGUGCUACACCCAGACUAUAUGGGAGAUGUUGACCAUAAUCUGCAUGAUGUUGCCGAUCUUCCAAUUCACAGACUCGUACCGGCACGGGCGCUCCACGGCCUUGAGCACCGCUUUCUGGGCGUGGCCCGAGUGGGUCCUCUUUGGCGUGCUUCUCUCGGGGUGGAUCGCGACGGUCUACAAGAUCCUGAUCUGUAUCGUAGGGUUCCGCUCCUUCUUCGGAGGACUCGAGCAGCUGGUCGCCUUCCUCGGCAGCAGCCGCCUGGUCGUGUGGUGGGUGCAGUGCGCGGCGGUGCUCUGCCUCAUCGUGAUGUUGCUGAGGGGCCCCCUCCUCCACUACCCCAGGCUGGCGGCCCCCGCCUUCGCGGCGUCGGGCACGAUCUGCUGGAUCCAGCUGCUGUACCUCGCGAGAUCCUUCGAAUUCGUCGGGAAGCGGUUUCUUCCCAUCAUCUCCGCGUGGCAGGACGCAACGUCGUUCCUCCUGGUGACAUCUGUCGUCAUGGCAGCGGUAGUCCAGGCGUCGUACGCCCUGACCACGCUGCCGCUGACGGCGAUCCUCGUCGACACCUAUCGCAUGGGCUUUCUGGGCGAUCUCAAGCCCAGGCUCUUCGUCUCGGAGCCCUUCGACCUGGACGAGCACCCCGACGCGGUCACGAGCCUCGACGCGCCCGACGGCUUUCGAACCAGCUUCGCCUACCUGUCCAUGAUGGCGUUCGGUUUCAUCCUGAUGGUGUCGAUGGCAAACGUCUUCAUCCAGGUGAUGGGCGACGCGUACACCUCGAGCAAGGAGAGGGUAUACGCCACGCUCACGCGGGCCCGGGCCGAGGAGAGCCUGAUCUGCUCGCUGCGGAAGGUCGGCCGGGAUGUGCUCCUGCCGCGGUGGGCGGGCCCGGGCGACCCGUACGGCAAGUUCGUCUGGUUCGCGCAGGAGGAGGAGGGGCCCCCCUCGGCGGCGAGGGACGAGGCGGUCCACGCGGCGGUGGCCGCCGCCGCCGCGAAGGCGGCCGUGGAGGCCGCGGAGCUGCUGGGCGGCUGCGGCGACGCGGGGGAGCUGCACGGCGCGGUGGAGAGGGCCGUGCGGCGGGGCGCCCUGUGAGCCCUUGCGCUGCGCGGGGCGAGGGGCGAGCAGCGCGGCUCCGGGCACGGCCCCAGGAGGCUUGCCCCGUGUGCGCCGCGGGAGGAGCACAAAAGAAGCAGCAGCAACAACAGCAACAAUGUUUCCAAGAGAGCUCUAGCGGCUUCAGUGAACGAGUUCAAGACCACAUUCGUUCGCCCGCGCCUUCUGCCGAUCAACCGUUGGCGAAUGGCACAGGGCAUGCGAGUGCAAGCUAGUUUGCGUGUGGUCGUCUGAGAUUUCAGGCCGUCCACAAUCUAGAUGCCGAUGCAGCAUGAUGUGUCGUGCACAUGGCCUCAAAGCCCGCAGAGGCCCAGCGCUCGCGACCCACUGCUGGGCUUUUCUGCCGAAUGUGGUGAGUUGCGACCCGCGAGUAAGCGCGAAUAACGAGUCAGUAAUCUCCUGCAUCUGUGGAAGCGCUGCAGAGGCAUUCCAGGAUGCACAUCGAUGGGCCAACCAGUCUGACCCUGAGAGGUGUACACAUGAGUCUCCGUAGUCAGUCUGAUCGGGAGUCGAUUGUUCGAGGUUGGACGCGCGUUUGGAAAGCAGGCCCCGCGCAGCGCGGGGAGUGCUUGGACGGAGGGCGAUCACAUGCAUUAGGUUAUGUUGCUCCCAUCGUACUUCAGGACCAC